AUGGGGAAGAGAAAGAAAACUAGGGCUUCCAAGGAUAACGCAGAGGAGGAAGAAAUUAAGGCAAACGACGGGUCGUCUUCGUCACAGGAUAAGAGCUUGUAUGAGAUUCUUGGGGUAGAAAAAACAGCGUCUCAGCAAGAGAUAAAGAAAGCUUAUUACAAGUUGGCUCUGCGACUGCAUCCUGAUAAGAAUCCUGGUGAUGAGGAGGCCAAAGAAAAAUUUCAGCAGCUGCAAAAGGUUAUGUCAAUUCUUGGUGACGAGGAGAAACGGGCAGUGUAUGAUCAGACCGGCUGUGUUGAUGAUGCUGACCUAGCAGGAGAUGACAUCCAGAAUUUGCACACAUUUUUCCGAGCUAUGUACAAAAAGGUUACUGAGGCCGACAUUGAAGAGUUUGAAGCAAACUACAGAGGCUCUGAUUCUGAGAAAACAGAUUUGCUUAAUCUAUAUAAAAAGUGCAAGGGUAACAUGCACAGGCUUUUCUGCUGCAUGCUCUGCUCUGAUCCUAAGCUAGAUUCACAUCGAUAUAAGGACAUAAUUGAUGAGGCUAUUACAGCAGGUGAGCUGAAUUCAACCAAAGCAUAUGAUAAAUGGGCUAAGCAAGUGUCCGAGACAAAGCCACCUACAAGUCCACUCAGACAAAGAAAGAAAUCAAAGAAAAAUUCAGAAGACUUGUAUGCUGUAAUCGCUCAGCGCCAAAAUGAGAGGAGAGGCAGGAUUGAUUCGAUGUUCUCAUCUCUGGUUCAAAAAUAUGGAGGUGAAACAGUUCCUGAGCCUAGCGAAGAAGAAUUCGAAGCUGCAAGAAUAAAACUUGAAAGGCAGAGGACAUCAAAACGGAAGAAACUAUAA